AUGUCCAAGAAAGUUGGGGCCAAUGGAGAGGUGCACGUUUUAUCGGUCUAUCGGGACCCGGGCUUCACGAAGUACUGCAACUUUCGCCAGGUCAAGCUGGAACUGAAAAAAGCAAGGAAGCAAAUGAAGGACAUGAAGGCAGCCUCUCCGACUGCAAAAGCUAAUGACAAGCCCUCGCCCAAGUCGAUCUUGAAGCAAAGCAAAGACGAAGACCUCGCCACCCCACCCAAGGAAAGCGGUAAGCGAAGGUUGAAGUUUCAGGAACCCGAAGAAAAAAAAGUCAAAGCUGAGGACGGCGAGAAGCAGAUGACCGCGGGCGAAGCGGAGCAGAUCUUGAAAGAUUUGGAGGAGUUAAGGUCGCAGAAAGGCAAGCCGGAAGCUGAAGAAAGCUCAGACGACAGUUCCGCUGAGCAAAGCAGUGCACCUGAGUCUUCUGACACUGAGUCAGAAGAAGGGGGUGAGGGCAAGCAAGAUCAGGAGUCUGCUGAGAGUGAGAGUGAGAGUGAAUCUGACUCUGCUGCCAGCGAUGACGAGAAGAGCUCCGCAAAGUCAGGCGAAACGUCCAGCGAAGCUGAGGACCCUGCUGCAGACUCAGAAAGUGAAGAAGACGAAAGCUCGGAAGAGGACUCCCCAACUCCCCCGCCCCCAAAGAAGUCGCGAAAGAGCACUGAAGCUGAGGCUGUGGUUGUUGCCAAGCCGGAGAAGUCUGCCAAGUCAGAGCGUAGGAAAGAGAACUUCAGGGCUAAGAGAGAAGACAAAGCUGCAGCAAAGGCUGCGCAGGAAGCUCAGGUCAAGGAGGAGGACUCGCGAGCGAGCGGCAAAGAGAAGAAGGACAAAAGCAAGGACAAGGAAGGAAAGAAAGUUCAGGAUCAGGCAAAGCCGAAAGUUCAGGACCAAGUAAAGCAAGAUCAGAAGAAGGCUGCAGGUAAAGACGAGAAGCAGCGGAACAAGAAAGCAAAGAACAAGGAGACAAAAAAGCAGGAAAAGGAGGAGGAUGACACGUCGGUGAAAGAAAAAGUAGGUUCCCAGAAAGAAAAGAAAUCAAAGGAAGAACAGGCAGGAACAGAAGCAAAGGAAAGCGAAAGCAGAACAGCAAAGAAGAAGCAAGAAGACGAGCAAAGGAAAGCAAAGGAGCAGAAAAGCAAGGACGAAAAGAAGAAAGGGAACAAGGAGAAAUCAGACAAGAAAAGAAGAAGAGAAAACGAGAAACAAACUGAGGAGCAGAGCCCCGAUGAGGCUGCCAGCGAUGCCGGGAAGAACGACGAGGAAAAGAAGAGCGGCGACGACAAGAAGUUGAAGGCAGCUGAAGGGGCGGGAUUGGCUGGAGUGUGUAACUCCAGCACCCACCACAAGGAGUGGUUGCGGUAUAAUCGCUGGCUCAAGAACCCCAAAAGAUUCCCUGCUCAGCUGACCUCCAAGUUGCAAUCCGAAGGUGGUAGGUUGACCCUGUUCAAGGAUUACCUGGACGCAAAAGGGGACGCGAAAGCCAUUUUGGCCAAGCAUUCCCAGACUCUCACGGAGUCCAAUGCUAGCCAGGUGAAGUAUGGAUUUCGCGGGGAAACAUGGCUCAGAAAUGCCCAUGGGGAUACCAAAGCCGAAAAGAUCAUGAAACGAAAGCAGAGCAUGGGGUUGACCAUCGAAGAUCCUGAAGACCCGGAUGAUGUGUUGUAUUUCGUGUUGGUUAACAUUGACGUCAAGAAUGUGAAUGAGCUUAAAAGAAUCACAUCACUCGAGAUCGCGGGCACAGUCGACCCAGAUCUUCUGAAGGCUUUCACUGAGGCUGGAGGGGUUCUGGAUCCGGCGGCUAUGAAGUUUGGAGAUCUUGCUACAUCCUCGGGAAUGGGUAAGGCGCUGGAGUUCGCUACCAGCAGCGGCGUCAAGGCGAAAGCCAAAAAAAGCCGUGGUAAAGGAGGAGGUGGCAGCGCCAAGAGUGAGGAGGAGGAUGCGAACAAGGUCACAGCCAAGACACCACGAGAGAAAGGUGAAGCUUUGAUGGUCAAAGUCUUGCGCGAUGCAAACAGUUGCAGGGACCAUGCCUUCAAGCUGAAGCCGCUGGAGAUGUCCGAGACCCUGAUCGCGCAAUUGAAAGCUGUGGAGAUGAAGCUUCAGCACCAAGCGCGAGUUCUUCAGCAACUUGUGAAGAAAGGGAGGAACAAGAAUAAGCACUACGCCAACGCCAUUUCGGAGGUUGAGAAGUGGUCUGAGGUGGCCAAAGAACGAGUUGAUUUGGCCAAGGCUUUGAUUAGGGCUGCCGAGAAGUCCAAAAAGGACAAGGCAGACAAGGAGAAGGACCCCAAGUUGUCAAGCUCCACUAAAAGUGGCGGCAAGGCAGCUUCUGAAGGAUCUGCUAGCAACGCUAAGUAG